AUGGCCCCCGUCUCCCACCGUCUGCCCUACCGCAGCUUGGCUAAUUCUGAAUUCCGUCACCAGAGCUACAACGUCGACUCCCCCAAUGAGAUGGUGGUGGACGCCGACGACUAUGUCGGCGUUGGCGAUGCCCCCGAAAAGGACCCCGUCGCCAUCAUCAGCCCCGACCACCUCGACCAGGCCGAGACGGGCCACCAGCUUCAAGACCUGCCCAUGGCCAACGACAACGAGGCCAUGAAGGAGCUCGCUCUCCCGCCUUUAUUAGAUGAGCCCAAAAUCAUUGAGGACUACGCGCAUACCUGGACCGUCGAGAACUGGCGCAAUCUUGGCAAAAAGGCUCAUGGUCCUGUCUUCCAUGCCGGUGGUUUCCCAUGGCGUAUCCUCCUCUUCCCCCACGGGAAUAACACCGACCAAUGCUCCAUCUACCUUGAACACGGCUUCGAUGCCUCCGCCGUCCCAGACAACUGGAGCUGCUGCGUCCAAUUCGCCCUCGUUCUCUGGAACCCCAACGACCCGAGCUUAUACGUUCACCAUGCCGCUCACCACCGAUUCACAAAGGAGGAGGGCGAUUGGGGCUUCACCCGCUUCGUCGAGCACCGGAGAAUGUUCAACGUCCCGUGGGAGCACGGCAGCCGCCCACUCUGCGAAAACGACACGGCCAACAUCACGGCAUAUCUCCGCUUCGUCGAGGACGAGACGGGCGUCCUGUGGCACAACUUUGUCAACUACGACUCCAAGAAGGAAACGGGAUACGUCGGCCUCAAGAACCAGGGCGCCACCUGCUACCUCAACUCCCUCCUGCAAUCGCUGUACUUUACCAAUGCCUUUCGCAAGGCCGUAUAUGAGAUCCCCACGGAAAACGACGAGAGCAUGCAAAACUCGGCAUACACCCUGCAGCGCCUCUUCUACCAGCUGCAGACGUCGGAGCAGGCGGUCGGCACCAAUGAGCUGACAAAGUCCUUUGGCUGGGAGACGCGACACAUCUUCGAGCAGCAGGAUGUCCAGGAACUGUCGCGCAAGCUCAUGGAGAGAAUGGAGGAGAGGAUGAAGGGCACAAAGGCCGAGAACGUCCUCCCCGAAAUGUUCAGCGGCAAGAUCAAGACGUACAUCUCGUGUAUCAACGUGGAUUACGAGUCGAGCCGCAUCGAGGACUUUUGGGACAUCCAGCUCAACGUGAGCGGUAACAACAACGUGCUCGACAGCUUCCAGGACUACAUCCAGGUAGAGAAGAUGGACGGCGAGAACCAGUAUUUUGCCGGCGACCAGCACAAGCUGCAGGACGCUAACAAGGGCGUCAUCUUCACCAGCUUCCCCGACGUUUUGCAUCUGCAGCUGAAGCGUUUCGAGUACGACAUCCAAAGAGACAUGAUGAUGAAAAUUAAUGACAGAUACGAGUUCCCCGAGAUCUUUGACGCCGCGCCCUACCUCGCCGAGGGCGCCGGCAGGUCGGAGCCCUGGACCUACCAGCUGCACGGCGUCCUCGUCCACAGCGGCGACCUCAAUGCCGGCCAUUACUACGCCUUCAUCAAGCCGGAAAAGGACGGCUGGUUCUACAAGUACGACGACGACAAGGUGACGCGGGCCACCCUGAGGGAGGUGCUCGAGGAGAACUUUGGCGGCGAAUACCGGACGGCCAACGGCGCUUACAUGUUGGUCUACAUCCGUCAAUCAAAGCUGGACAAGAUACUGUGCCCAGUCACCCAGGCAGACACUCCACUGCAUCUUCAGCAACGGUUCGAGGAGGAGAAUGCGCUCCGAGAAACGCGCCGACGAGAGCAAAAGGAGGCGCACCUGUACAUGAUGGCCAAGGUCAUCACCGAUGACACGUUCCGGCAGUAUGGCGGCACCGACCUGUGCGUCUUUGACGCCAAUCCCGAAGUCGACGCCGCCGCCCCGAGGUCCUACAGGCUUCGCCGGACCAUGACGAUGGAGGAGUUUGCAAACCAGGUGGCCGCCGACAUUGGCCAGGACGGACACAAGGUGCGGCUCUGGCUCAUGGUCAACCGGCAAAAUAAGACGAUUCGACCCGACCAGCCGAUCAUGGAUCUCGGGCCGACAGUCGAGGACGUCUUUACUCGAUCAGCCGCACACCGCGAUAUGAGCCUGCGCGUGUGGGCCGAGGUCGCCGAGGAGCUCAGUGCCGAGGGCGAGCCCAUCUGGCCGUCGUACCAAAGCCAGGCGAAUGGCGCCGUCGUCAAAAACGACACUAUUCUUUUGCUCCUCAAACACUUUGACUAUGCCCAGCAGACUUUGACGGGUGUUGGCCACGUCUACAUUGGCAAGGAGAGAAAGGUUGAGGAGCUCGUUCCUCUGAUUUUGCACAAGAUGGGCUGGGGAGAGAAGCUGCCGGCGGAUGAGAAACUGCUACUGUGGGAGGAAAUCAAACCGACCAUGAUUGAGCCUCUGAAGCCAAAGCAAUCGUUGAAGGUUGCGGAGCUUCAAGAUGGUGACAUCAUCUGCUUUCAGCGGACCUCUGACAAGUCGGCCGACCAGGCGCGGGCUGCAAACAAGUCCCUGCAGGAAUCAACUCGGGCUUCGGAGCAUUUCGAGGACGCGCGCGAGUAUUACGAUUUUCUCGAGCACAAGAGGACAGUCAGGUUCCAUCCCCAUACGACCAGAUGCGAUCAAGCCCAAUACCCGCCGUUCGAUCUCGUUCUCAAUGCGAAGAUCAACUACGACGCCUUGGCCGAGCGCGUCGGCGCCUACCUCUCAGUGCCCCCUACGCACAUUCGCCUGUGGACGGUCAAUGCGACGACGAGCAAUCCCAAAGCUCCGGUUCGACGGGGAACCAACCCAAGCCUGCGGCAGAUUCUAAACCCAAUGGGGUCAAACACGCUCAACUCGAGCCAGAGGAACGACGCGUUUUACUUUGAAGUUUUAGAAAUCAGUCUCGCCGAGCUAGACACCAAGAAGAGCAUCAAGGUCACAUGGCUGAGCGAGGGCAUCACCAAGGAGUCGAAACAGGACCACCUUGACUUGCUCGUUCCCAAGACUGGGACAAUUGAAGAUCUCAUCCAGGCCCUCGUCAAGAAGGCCAAGAUCCCGGAUGAGGCCGAGGGCGGGCAAAUUCGGGUAUACGAGACAAGCUCCAACCGGUUCUAUCGCGAGCCCCAGCGCGAGCACCCUGUUCUCAACUUGAACGAGUACACGCAAAUAUAUGCCGAGCGGGUGCCGGAAGAGGAGGUGGGGGCGGAUGACAAGAACUUCAUUCACGUCUUGCAUUUCCAGACCGAAGUCAACCGGGUGCACGGGGUUCCGUUCAAAUUCCUGCUCAAGGAGGGGGAGAAGUUUUCCGACACGAAGAAGCGGCUUGAGAAGCGCACGGGUCUCAAGGGCAAGAGCUUCGAGAAAAUCAAGUUUGCAGUGGUGCGGCGGGCAAGCUACUCCAAGCCACAGUACCUCGACAGUGAGGCUGACAUAGUGCAAGACGACGAGCUUUGGAACGUGGCUUCAUCCGAGGACGACUUUCUGGGCUUGGACCACGUGGACCGGACGAGGUCGUUGCGGAACGGCGUUGGGGAUCUCUUCCUUCGUUGA